CUCUCUGUCUUCGUAUACAGAUAUGUCGUCGUUUCACUUCAUCUACGUUACAGAGCUCCCAUGUAGUAUAUAAAAUAGAAAACCCCCGCGAAAAUUCCAUUCCAGCCAAUGGCGAGAGAGUUGAUACCAUCGUAGGGUUACGCCCUCGUGAUAAACGCCGCCACCCCUGUACGAGGAGAAACGCGCUGACGUCAUGGGGUAGGCGUUACGUUCAAAAACGUAACCGUGGAUUCGACGAUUCCCCGGUUGAAGCAUCCCCCGUUUUGAUAUGGGGUGGUGAUAACGGGCGUUGGCAAAAUGCGCCGUGGGGACGUUGGGAACUGUAAGGGAGGAAAAUUUCACGAGGGGGGUAAAAAUCGCGCUUGACGGGGGGAAUUGAAACGCUGAAGAUCUCGCACGGGAUCAAAUCACCAGACUGCUACCGCUAUCAGUUCUAUCUUUGAUCGCGAACUGUCACAACAAACUACGUAAAAGCUGAGGGAUCCGGCGCGGUUACCGAGCUGCGGAGGUCCUUCGCUUUUGGUAUAUUAAAAUCCUUCGCAUGUUGAAUGGUCGGCAGUCGACUGCGAAAGACGUUAGGGAUGUCACAGCCCUGUAAUUAGGGGAUCCGCAAUACACGGUAAUCUCGUAUCGCUACAGGAGUUGUUCGGAAGUAAAAUUUACAACGGUAUUCCGUCAAUUGGGAAUCAAAUUUUAGAAAAAAUUGUAGUCGUGUUUUCUCGGUAUUGUCGGGUAUAGUACCGUUGUGAACCGUAUCUCCGUCUACGAAUAACAAUCAUUUGCUUGUGAAUGAAUUGAAGAAGAGAAACAACAACAAUCAGUAGGAUAAGUUUGUUAAAUUUCAUUCAGUGAUUUUCUAUAACAUUUAUUCAUCAUGAUGAACAUCGCCGAUCAGGAGGUACCUGCUGACAACACUGCCGAUAUCGGGAGAAUGACUGGCGACGGUUACAGCAGACUGAGCGAUCCGGUACACCCCGGCUACUACGUGACACCUUCUGGAGUCGGCAAAACACACGGAGGAGAUUCAUAUCCUGGGCAAGACUACAGACAGGAACACUGGCUGCAAGAUGGUAGCAGCUGCGAGACCGAAGAUAGCGAACAGUACGUUCCGGAAUUUCAUCACAUAUCAAGUGCCGGAGUCAAGCAGGAGACCGUCAAUUGCAGAAGAGUCACGGUGCAGGAAGCCAAUGACGUCGCGGAGGUCACGGAAUCGGGAGAAUCGAGUUAUCAUUCGCAACAAUACAACAACUCGGCUGGACUUCAGACUCACUCGCAUUCGCAAAACAAUAAUUUCCUCGAUCUCAGUCCGGCUACUCCGGCUUCUUGUUACAGCAAUAAUCGUCUGACCUCGCAACACGUCGAAGGUGGAACGGGCACGAAAAGUGUCGCGGUAAAAGAAGAGCCAGCGGAUCGCGGCUACGUCGAAACCACGGGAGCGGUGCAAGUUUCGCAACUAUCGUCUUCGGCGCCCGCCGAUCAGCACAGCGGAAGCAGCCUAGUCUACCAACAGCAGCAAUAUUCAAAUGGGACAAGUGCCAGGGAAUCGCGAAGUUCUCCGGCAUCCAGUCGACCGACGAGCGCGUCGUCCGCGACGUCCCAAUGGCCAUCGGUCGCCCCGCCAUCGAGUAAUAACGAGGGGUACGUUGGGGUGCGUCAGGAAACCGCUUGGAACGCGGACAUUUACGCGAAACGUAGCGUAACGCCGACUUGGACGGAACUUGGAACACCGUUGGAACCGAUACUCCGAACGUCGACCUCGUCGGGAACAUCCGGCUGGGACAGGCAAUCCUCAUCCUCCUGCUACCAAAAAAGAACAUCCUCGCCGACCCCCUGGAGCACCGAGUACACCAAGAGAUCGCCGAAUACGACCGCGUCACCGUGGGGCGAAGUCGCGGUAGGAUAUCAACAACAGAGAAGAGGAUCUCUUCAACUUUGGCAAUUUUUAGUCGCGCUUCUCGAUGACCCCGCUAACGCACCUUGCAUCGCGUGGACCGGACGUGGCAUGGAGUUCAAACUUAUCGAGCCCGAGGAGGUGGCGAGGAGAUGGGGUGUCCAGAAAAAUCGGCCAGCAAUGAACUACGACAAGUUGAGCAGAUCGUUGCGUUACUACUACGAAAAGGGUAUAAUGCAAAAGGUUGCCGGCGAACGGUACGUCUAUAAAUUCGUCUGCGAUCCGGAGGCGCUUUUCAACAUGGCGUAUGGUUCUGGAGGUGCGACAGGUGUUCCGGGCGAUAUGCAAACAACGGGACUACGGGGAACCGGACACUCGGCGAUCAGCAAGACAACUUCCGGUACGGAAACCACCGAAAUUACGGGAAAACACGCCUCCGCAACGACCGCAGGUUACGGGGACGCGGUACUCGCGAUGUACUCCAACACGGCUGCAGUGUACGGUAGCCACAGUCUCCAUCACCUCCACCAGUAUUUGGGCACCGCGGCGAACGAGGGUUUCAAAACACCUUCGGCUCGGUAUCCGGGACAUUACGGUCAUCAGUACAAUGAAAACAAUCAUCAUCAUCAUCAUCAUCACCAUCACCAUCCGUCGGCAGCCUACACGGAGUCGUUUUUGAAUUACGGUCGUCUCUCGGCGCACGAUUUUUCCCUUGACGUGAGAGCAGGUAACGCGGGUUACCAUCAUCCGAAUCACGAACCAUCUUCGAUUUCCGUCCUGAGCAAUAACAGGGAAACCGGAGACUCCGACAGGUCCAGGGCGGCGGACUCUUCUGUCGAGGAAAUUUCUCGAGCACAACUGUCGGCUGCGACGGUUGCGAGCUCGCAAGCACCAUUGCUCGAUGGCACCACGAGCGGGAAACUCGAUCAAACUCCCUAUCAUUGUUUAGGUGUGGGCAGUUGUGUCUGUUGAAAUUUUCCAACGAACGAAGAAAAAUGGUUUAAAAAUAUUCAACUGUAAAUAUUUAUUCCAUACCAUUUUAUUCUGAUUUGUGAUUCAUCGGUUAUUUAUUAAUUCUAUUUUUUUUUCUCCCUAUUCACGGCUAUUGCCGAUGAUGUUGCUGUACAUGUUAUCUGUCGACAAUGUGUAGGAAAAUUUUUAGAUAAUUGAUAACAAUGAUUUGUAUAUUGCAGACUGUAAUAACUAUACAAAUACAGUGAAAUAAUAAUUUAUAUUUUAUCGCGGUACGGUAUAUAAAUACGCGUAUUAAAAGAAAACUCGAGUUAUUGAAUAAUGUAACGUUAUUAUUUAUUAUUAUGUAAAUAGAAUAAAUCUCUUUAUCAACGCUCA